AUGAGUCUCUUCACCCUCACCGGCUUUGGCAUUUCGGCCCUGAGCAACUUCUACGAGUCCACCCGGCUGCUCGGACUCUACCGCCGAUAUUAUGGACCGGCAGGUGGCAUCCUGCUGCCAGUCUUCGGCAGCAGCCUAGUCUGGAAGACACAGCUGCAGGUCCUGACGUCCGAAGACCCUGAAAUCGCAGCCCUAUUUAGGACUGCCAAUCAGCAGGAGAGUAACAUGGUUGCUAUAGCUGGAACCAUCUUGGCCCAAAUCGCCAUCACGGCUCUGCAAUUGGACAAUGUCGAGAAAGUGCACUGGACGUCGCAGGCCUGUUUCACUGUGAGCCUCGUCUCGGCUAUUAUAUCAGUCUACUACGCGACGAAACAGCACAAGAUGCUCGGGCGGUGUCUACACGCAGACGACAUCAAGAAAUGGAUACUGGGACCGCAACACCUCUCAACAUCCAGAGGCAGACGCAGCGCCGAAGAUCAAGAUUGGACUACGUAUGAUGUCCAGCUCCCGUCUAUCGCUGCGGUAUUGACCAUAUCUGCGCCGGUGGCGUUACUCUCUGUCGCUGUUUAUGCGUUCCUGAUUGGUCUCGGUAUUUAUCAGGGGUUUGUUUGGCAUUAUGGCUUGGGAGAUUCCUCUAAAGAAGGAAGUUUAGCUGUGUUCAUAGUCUUUAUAAUCAGUCUCUCUGCCUGCCACUCGCUGUAUAUGCUGUCCACGAUGGUCGCGUCCGGCCAGGUCAACGAUUCCGAGAUCAGGCCGUACUUGGAGAAGGCGCUGCACCGUGCUGUUCCGGAAGGAUCGCCGGCGCAUAUCCCGCUGGGAGAGAUGGAUCGGGCGCCGACGUAUUCGAGUGCGAUAGGCCCGUCAGUGCAGGAUAUGAAAUCGCGGGGUUUGGAUAAUGGGACCCAGCUGCAGGCUGCUUUUCGGGAGGCGGCGGUGCUGAGGCGGAAUCUGGCGGCGGUUGAUGAGCGGAUUGCGAUGUUGUUGGAGGGGAUGGGGCAGGGGCGUUUUUGA